CUCUAUACUUUGUGAUCGAUCAAAACCAAGACCUAGCUCGUCUUAGAGUGAGAAAGAAAGAAGUCAGGUUCUUUAAAUCUCUGCUUCUUGCAAUUGAGAUAGGUGGAGUGAACGAUUCUCAUCUUUGUUUCGAAAGUAUCAAAAGUCAGUGAUGUCAGAUCAUUGGAGGGAAUUUAGAGUUCGUGGAGAGCUCCAAUAUCAUGAUGUGUAUGUCAUUUUGGAGAUACACCAUGGUGGUCAGUUUGUCGAAGCUGGUGGUGGAAGGUUUGAAUACAAUGGAGGUGAAGUUCAUUGGGUGGAAAUGAUUGAUCCAGAAAAAUUUUCUUGGACAGAUUUGAAUACUUUUGCUUGGAGAUUAGGUUAUAGAAAGCCUCCUGUUCAUUAUUGGUUCAAGUAUCAUGCAAAACCAAUAUACUUGCCUAUUAGAAUUGACAAGGAAGCUGUGGGCAUGCUCUCAGAUUUACCUAAAGCUAGGAAGGUUGAAGUAUAUUAUGUUGGAGGAGGUGAUAGAGAUGUGGAAGUUUGUGAGAAGGAGGAUCAGAUUAAAGAUUUUUCAGAGGUGGUUCCACAUUUAAAGUUUAUGCCUGAGAUUAUUAUGGUACCACUUAAAUCUGCUAAUGUGGGGAAUGAUAAGGGGAAGUGGAAAGAGUUGGAUAUUGAAAACAGUGAGGAUGAAGAAGUCUUUGAGCAUGAUGAUGAUGACGAAAUAGAGAAAGAAGAGGUCGAUGACAAGUUCUUUGACAGUGAUUAUGAAUUAAACCCUGAGGAUGAUGGUGAAUCAUAUGGUGUCGAAGCAGAUGAUGUUGAGUUCAAUGCAGAUGUCGAUGAUAUAAAUGAGAUUGAGGAAUGGACUGAUAUGGGAUUUACUGGUUAGGAGAAACAUAAGUAAGGUUGGUGAAGCAUUUAGAUCAAAAACAAUAUCUUCCCAAAGUGCAGCUUCAAACUCUAUGCAUAUAUCAUCUCAACCAUCAAUUCCCACAACAAUUUUCCAGCUUAACCACUCAUCCUCAAGUCAGCCUAUUGGUUCAUCUAGGAAGAGCAAAGUGUCAUAUGUUAAACAUGGGACUACUGAAGGGAAGAUUUGAAAGUAUUGACAUAUUUGUCAAUCUAUUUUGUUAUGUAGUGAACUUAUUCUAGCUAGGCAUGUUGGAUUAUGGUUGUAAGUUUGAUUUCUGCCUUGUUUUGAGAAUUAUGGAAUUGGCCUUUUGGAUUCGGUAUUGUUUCAUGCACUAAGUUGUUUAUGGAUUAUUUAGUAUUAUUUUAGGUGUACUUUGAGACAUACGCAACUAUUAAUGUAUAUCAGAAUGCAUAAUCCUUAUGUCAGUCUUAUCUUGUGCUA